GUCAACAAGAUCGACAAGGUUAUCUUUGUCAUACAUUUUGGCAUAUAUACUAUGUAAAUGACACGUGAGUGUUUCAAAUCUUGUUUUGUCUUGUCAUUUUUUUUUCAAGUUGUUUUCCUGACAUUGCACACAUAUAUAAUACAUACAUACAUUGAAUUGAAUUGAAGUGUCUUAUGAUACGUUGUUGUUUUUACCAUCAUCAUCAUAUAAUACUCAACUCUUGUUAUUAUCGAUCAAAAACAAGGAAAAUCAACAUUGAAAUAAAUCGACAAAUGGAAUGUAUAAAAUUUUAAUCGAAAACUGUCAUUUAUGAAUGACGCUUACAACGCUAUUUGUAAACACACACAUUUGAUCGGCAGAAAGCUAUGUCGUGUCUUUGAGAAAAUAUUGUUUUUAUUACAAUUAAUCCGUUAUCUUCAUAAAAAUCAGCUCAAAUUGAUCAUGGGUCGAUUAUAAUUUUUUUUGAAUCGCUAACGCUGUAAACAAAAAAACAACUACAACAACCAAACAUUUAUGACUUGGCCUCUCCUUUCGUUUAUGUAUACGUACAACCACCCCUCUCUUUCGACAAUUUUUCCUGGUUGCACAUCGAUCGAUCGAUCUAUCACUAAACCGACAGAUAUCCAUCAAGCAAUAAAUCGAGAAAUGAUACUGUAGUAACCCAAUCAAAAACGGCAAAAAAAAUGUUUACAAAAAAUAUUGAAAAAAUCUUUCUAUUCCUUCUGUUAAUGCUAUGUGCAAGUAUUCUUUGUCCAACGAAUGAAUCAAAUAGAUCGAUAGAAUCGCUAAGGCUAUCAUCAUCAUUGAAACAAAGUGAUCAUUCUACUAUCAUAACAUCAUCACAAUUAUUUAAUAAUCCAAUUACAGAUCAAUCAUCAACAAUUAUUCAUGAUGGCGGUAAAAUUUCACAAUUGAAAUUACCGAAUACAACUACGCAACUAAAACGACAAACCAACACAAAUAAUGUUGAGAAAUCUUCAUCACGAAAAUGUGUGAAUACGAUUGCAACGAGAUGGUUUCUAUUUUCAUCAUCGCUGCCCGUUUGUCUCAAAGUAUCACAUUGUACUAAAGAAAGUGAAUCAACCAGCAAGGAAGCAAAUGAAAAUUUUCAGGGUAUUUUUCUAAAUAAAAUCAAAGACGAGAAGCUUAACAUUUCUAGUCAAACAAUGAUCGUAAACGAUGCUACCGAUAAUGAAUCGAUUGUUACGAAUCAAAGCCUCGAUCAGCAACAAUCGAGUAUAAGUGGUGAUAAUUUUGUAGGACCACUUAUUCAAAUGAAACCAUCAGUGGUUUCCUCACAGGAUAUGCUUUCAUUCGAAGAAUGGCGUUCGAAAAUAUCCGAACAAAUGGAACAGGAAAAUAAAAUGGAAAUUGAAUCUAAAUUCGCUCAUGAAAUUGGAAGCAAACCUGAUCCAGUAAUUGAUCAGCUUGGCAGUCAAAAAUCAGUGAAAAUAACGACGAAUCGUGCCAGAAAUUUCGCAUCACAUGAAUGUGGAGCAAAAGUUGUUGAUUCAAAUUCUGAGGCCAAUUUUGUCAAUCGUGUUCUGAACGAACAGAUGGAUGAAUAUAUGUUGAAUCCGUGUAAGAUCAAAAAUUGGUUCGUCAUUGAACUUUGCGAAACCAUACAACCACAAUAUUUGGAGAUGGCCAAUUUUGAACUCUAUUCAUCGAUACCAAAAGAUUUCAAUCUUUAUGCUAGUGAACACUAUCCGAAUCGUAAUGGCUGGAGUCCAUUGGGCAAUUUCACUGCCAACGACAUUCGAUCGCUACAAGGUUUUAAAUUGCAAAAUAAUGGUUUUGUUAAAUAUCUUAAAAUUGAGCUCAAUUCGUUUUAUGGCUCGGAACAUUAUUGUCCCAUUAGUUUGAUUCGUAUAUUUGGUACAAGUCUAUUUGACGAAGUCGAACGUAUCGAUAAUCCUGAAAAAUCAUCCAUCGAUUUUCUCGAUGAUGAUCAUAAUUCGGUGCAUGAAGAAGGUACACCAAUUUCACUAUCAUCUGAUUUAGAAUCAAAAAACUUUACCGAUUUAGAUUUGUUUGGCAGCGCAAAAAAUGCCGUUGUUAAUGUCGUGAUGAAAGCGUUCAAUUUUACAUUGUUUAAUGAGAUAUUAUUCAAAGAAAAAAUGGCAAAAAUGAAUGAUACGGAUCAAAAUUUUUAUAUAUACAAUCAAACAGAAAUUGUUCGUCUUUAUCCGCAUUUCGAGCGAAUGAUGAUUGAAUGUGAAGCAUAUUUCUUUCCAGCAGGAGAUGGUUUAAAUCAAACAUCGUUACACAUUCCAAAUAAAUGCCUUUUCUAUCAGCUUUUAUUUCGUGAUCAACAAUUAUUUAAAUUAAUGUCCACCCAAUAUCUUAUACGGAAAUAUUUUAAUAAUCAGCUAUUCUUUCAAUGUGGUAACGCGAAUGAAACACAGACAAUCAAUACGACCACAUCGGCAGUGGCCGUUGAACAGCUAGUCCAAUUGACGAAUGGAAAUAAUCAUUCCAUUAGCCAUAUACAAAAUGUCAACGAUAAAGAUGAUCCACAAUCGAUGGUCGUUCAAUUAUCAGGAAAAAAUCUUCCUACUAAAUCAUCAUUUAUAUCCUCUACGACGAUGUUUGCAGCUAGUAGUACGAGUAGUAUUCCAGACGUUUCCACUAUCAAUGUUACUACAUUGGAACCAUCGUUGACCGAGCCUACCUUAUUGCAGCCAAUUGUAACGAUGAAUACACUUUUACCCACGAAUACUUAUCAAUCGGUAAUUAUUUCCACCUCAACUUCUGCUAUUGAACCAACAAGGCAUGGUUCGAGUUCAUCUUUAUCAUCUCAAUCAUCAAAUGAAACCAUUAGUCAAUCUCAACCUGUUGAUUCAUUUGUGCCCAAUCAACCAAUUGCGAAUCUUCUUGUGGAACCAGAGAGCGAUGUUCAAUCAUUCAGUUCGAUGAGUGGCCAAUCAAAAGAGGCAGUUAUCGUUCGAUUAACAAAUCGAAUAAAAAAUCUUGAGAAGAACAUCUCACUUAUGUCAACCUAUUUGGAAAAUCUAAGUGUUCGCUAUCGAAAACAAAUGGAAGAAAUGCAAGCAAUAUUCAAUCAAACAUUUGAUCAUUUCAACACAUCAGCAAGGGUGGCCGCCGAAAAAGAUGCUAAACAACAGGAACAGAUAAUGAAAUUGCAGAACGAAAUCAUGGGGCUGAAUCAGCGAUUUACUAGCCUUUUCAAAGAUAUUGAACAAAGUAAUUGGCUUUUUCUUCGCAUUCAUCUUGGGCUGAUGAUCAUUGAAUUAACUAUAGUUGGAAUCUGUUGCCUUAUAUUUUAUUUGAGUUCCAAGCAUAAUCUCAAUCAAAUAAUGAAGACCCAUCUCCAUCAUGGUGAUCGACAGUCAACAUCUUUAUUAUCAACUACAAAUCAUCAAACGAAUACUCAACCUCUGCGAUUUUCACCAGAUGAUAAAGUUUUUUCUAAUACUAUCAAACUCUUCAAGAAUAAUCAAUAUCGUCGAACUAAGUCAUUUUCCAAUCUGGAAUCGGUGAUAAAAAAUGAUCAAUAUAUCGAUUCAUUAUUCACAAAAAGACGUGAUAAGUCUGUCGGACAGAAAGGAGGACCUAUAACAAAUUUAGAAUGUAACAAAGAAAAUAUUCAUCGUGAUAUUCAUGAUCCUCUAUUGAAUGGUGAACCAAUGACUGAUGUGGUACCAAAAAUUUUAAAAGUUGUCAAUCAAAAUGUUCAUUGAAUGAAUUUCACCUUUUAUUUAUAUACGUGAUAUCAAAGUAUUUUACCCCCCUUUCUUUAUUUGGGUACAAUUUUUUCCUUUUGAUUUAUUUAU